CUUUUGAUAGAUCGACUUGCACUGAAAAAUCUAAAUUACUCAUAGGAAGGCGUACGUGAAACAACGCAAGGUCAUUCGAAUUCGCUGUACCACGAUUAUGAUCUGUACCACGAGCUUAGACCUGUACCGAAAGCGAAGAUCUCAAGCAAUGGAUCCUAAAAAACGCUUGUUAACGGAAUUGUUGCUCAAAAGAAGAAUUUUCCGCACUGCUUGAUCCUAAGAAUAUUGAGGAUCUCCAACUGUGAUUGAGUAUGGAUGCCUCAUUUUAGUUCUCUUCGUCAAGCAAUACUGUGUAACACCUUCAACAUCCUCAACUUGACUCCAUUUUUCGCCAAUUUCACACUUUGCAUCCACAAUCCGGACUCACAGGGAACAAACAGACCUGUUUGUUGGGCACAAGGAGGUUCUAGAACCUAAACCUAAACAAAAAUGGCUCGUCGCACGAAGAAAGUCGGAAUCACCGGUCGUUUCGGAACCCGUUAUGGUUCCACCUUGCGUAAGCUGGUCAAGCGUAUCGAGGUCACUCAGCGCGCCAAGUACCUCUGCCCGCACUGCGGAAAGACCGCGGUCAAGCGCAAGGCUGCUGGUAAAUAUUUCUAAUAUGUUCUUCGGAUCUGAAUGCGAUUCUUAGAUGUAGUUGUUGGACACUUUACUGACGUUCUUCCCCGUUUUCAUCUGUUCGCAACACGGAAUCCUUUAGAAUUGCGUGUUUUUGUCGUGCAGAUGCAAAUUACAUCCCUCCCUUUUAUCGUUUCAUCCACCUCCAUCCAACGAAAAAGGUAUCUGGGGUUGCAAGCCGUGCAGCCGCACUUACGCUGGUGGCUGCUGGCAGUUCGCCACUGCCGCGGCAGCUUCCGUGACCGCCACUAUCCAGAACUUGAAGGCCAAGUAAGUUGGAUUCUGUGCGACACAACUGCCUAAGAGAGCCAAGGUCGAUUUGCAUGCACCAUUGUGAUCUGUUGCCAGUACUACUUUUAGGGGAGGAAAAUUGACACCAUGUUCGUUUAUAGGUGGUCAUCGUGGGGUUGGCGAUGUCAACAUACGGCAGUGCAAUUCUCCGAGGAGAAGAAGCUGACUUCUCGAUGUGAUAGUCUUACUGCAACGAUUCUUGCCUGUAAAUGACCUAGGAAUGCCCAAUAAAAAAGCUAGUCUAUAAUCCAGACGCGGUCCCUUUUGUGACUCCUUCAUGGACCAUCUCGUUGUGUUGAAAAUAAUGCUUUCUAAACUCGGGAAUCG